GGAGCCUGUGGAGGGUGCAGAGUGAGUCCAUGGGAAUAUGAGCAUGGCUACAAUAAUCGCAUUCAUCGUACUUAAGCCUUGUAGGGAGGCGCCCUGGCUCCCCGCCACGCCUGAGAAGGACGAGCCAGACCAGGCGCCGGAGUGGGCGGAGCCACCGCCGCCUGUCCCUGCCCCCCGGAAGUCAAGGGGCAGGACAGGAAGUAUAAAAGCCCGGCCCCGGCGCUCAGUUAGGCGGAGGCUGCCGGAGAGGACAGACGUAGGUGCUCGAGCUCCCGCCGGGGCCAGCCUUCCCCGUGCCCGGUAUCCAGAGGAGCGCUGGCCUGACCUUCCCCGGGCCCGGUACCCAGAGGAGCUACCUGAGCGUCCCCGUGCCCGGUAUCCGGAGGAGCUGCCGGAACUCCCCUACGCCCGGUAUCCAGAGGAGCUGCCUGAGCGUCCCCGUGCCCAGUAUCCGGAGGAGCUGCCGGAACUCCCCUACGCCCGGUAUCCAGAGGAGUCACCUGAGCUCCCCUCCGCCCGGUAUCCUGAGGAGCCCAUGGUCUGGGACCCACCAGAUGACGCCGGCGAGGGACAGGAAACAGGAAGAAAUAGCAAAGGCAGCUCCAGCCCGUUUCAACUAACUACUUUUCUUUUCCCGAAAAGGACAAUUACUGCCAUCUAAAAGACCAUCAAACAAGGGGAAUUUUCCUUCUACAGGCUCCCUCUGACUAAAGGGAAAGGGAACAAGGAAUGUUGUUUAAAUGAAACCCUUACUUAAUAUUUUACAUUUCAAAUGCUUUAAUUGUUUUUCUUUUAUUCCUGUUUCUUUUAGUAAAAGGUUAAAAAGAUUUUUAAUAAUGUGUUUGCCAUAGUAUUAAGCACAGUACUAAUGAUGAACAGUGACAGUGUCAUGUUAACACCUUUAUUCCAUCUAAAUUAACACAACAGUGUCUAUUAAAGAUUCCGGACAUUGGUUGGAAAAACUUCAUUACCAACAGAGAGGUGAGAAAUCACCAACCAACAGCUUGCUUCCACCUGAAUCAGAAGGAAGCACUCAACAUAUUUGGGACAUGUUUUCCGAAUGCCAACACACAGAUUCCUACAUGGAAAUCAACUGGUGCAAGGAAACAAGGGCACCCAAGAGAAAACUCACAAAGAACUCUUAGCAGGGAGGGCAGAAGAGUCAUUCUCAACAUCAAAGAGCAGAUGGAAGCAGCAGCAAAAGACAGAGAGGAAUGGAAGAGACUAGUUUCCACCCUGAUCACCAACAUUGUCACAGGAAGACUGCAUUAAAAAAAAGUUAACGUAUUUCUUGCGAGCAUGGUAUCUUCCAUCUCACUCAACUUCCCAUCACCCUAACGUGGACAGUCCUUGAAACCAAGCUCCUCUUUUGGCUGUUAUCUGGAUCAGGACAGGAAGCAGCACUGUAAGCUUCUGAAGCAUUGCCUUGCCAAUGUGCCUCCAGCCUGGCCUGAAGGGUUUGCAUCUCUAGGGGUGAGAGGGUAAUUCUACCUCUAUGCCUAGUUAGUCUAUGCUCUCUCUGCUGACACUGCCAAUUGUAAUGGUGUUUUGAGAUGUGAGCAUCUGUCUACAAGGAGCUGGGCUAAGACCCAUCAACUUAAUUCACUAUAUGCUGCUGAAGAACUUGACCUACACUUAAAACUCAAGGUAAAAGGCUCAAUAUAUCCCACUUGAACCAUCCAGUCUCCUGACUGUUCCUACUACUGACCAACAGAAUGUGACCAAAUGCCAAAAAUAAGA